AUGAACGCCUUCGAAACCGAAUUAGGUGUCCAGCCUGAAAUUGCACGAGCAGUUGAUGAAAUGGGCUGGCUACUACCCACUGAUGUACAAGGCGAAGCAAUUCCCAUGAUCUUAGGUGGCGGCGAUGUUCUGAUGGCAAAAACCGGUAGUGGAAAAACCGGUGCAUUCUGUUUACCAAUUCUGCAAAUUGUCCAUGAAACUCUGAGAGAUAUUCAAGAGGGUAACAAAGGUCCUCGAUCAGGCAAACAAGCAAGCGCAUCCACUGCAGAAAGUCCAGUACAGCUCAGCUUUCAUGAUCGUUUGCAUGGUUUAGCUAUUGAUACGGAUGGUUUGACAUGUCAAAGUCGUGAUCAACGUAUAUGGAACGGUGCUCGAUCUACGAAAGGAGUGAAAGGCAAAGGUAAAUACUACUACGAGAUCACUCAAACUGAUCCAAAUGGUAUUGCUCGUAUGGGAUGGUCGGUACCCGCUGCUCAACUCGAUCUGGGAAAUGAUAAUCAAGGUUUCGGCUACGGUGGUACAGGAAAGAAAGCAUUUGGCAAACAGUUCGAUGAUUAUGGUGAAACUUUCGGUGUGAAUGAUGUUGUUGGAAGCUUAUUAGAUCUCGAUCAAAUGAAAAUACGUUUUUUCAAAAAUGGAAAGGAUCUCGGUCAUGCAUUUGACAUUCCUCGACCAUUACAAGAGAAACCAUUUUUCGCUCAUGUUUGCAUGAAAUCCUGCGAUGUUCGGGUUAAUUUCGGAGUGCAGCCUUUUAAAAGCGUGCCGAACGGCGCUGUUUCAAUUGAUAACGCACCAAAAGAAUGCGUCGUUGAAUCUCAAGUCAAAGGUAUCGGUAGUAAUGCAGCAGCUAAACAACGUCCACCCAAUGCACCACUUGCCAUUAUUAUGGAACCUUCUCGAGAAUUAGCGCAGCAAACAUCGAAUCAAAUUCAAUCAUUCCAAAAAUACUUAGACAAUCCCCGAGUGAGAGAACUGGUUAUCAUUGGUGGAGUUGCUAUUGGAGAACAAACACGUAUCUUACAUCAAGGCGUAGAUAUUAUCGUAGCUACACCCGGUCGUCUAGAUGAAUUGAUCAGUAGUGGUGAAAUUGAUUUAACCCAUAUGCGAUUUUUUAUCCUCGAUGAAGCGGAUGGUCUACUAAGUCAAGGAUAUAAAGAUUUAGUCAUGAAACUCCAUAGUAGAAUGCCUAGUGUUACACUAGAUGGCAAACGUUUACAAAUGAUUGUCUGUUCAGCUACAUUACACAAUUUCGAAGUGAAAAAAUUAGCUGAUUCCAUUAUGCAUUUUCCUACCUGGGUCGAUCUGAAAGGGCAAGAUGCUGUACCAGAAACCGUUCAUCAUGUGAUAUGUGUUGUUGAUCCAAAGAAAAAUACAGUCUGGCGUGGACUACGGAAUCAUAUCAAAACUGAUGAUGUGCAUUUAAACGAUCAGUUGAACUUUCAAAGCGACUCGAAAGAUACUCUUUCUGAAGCGGUGAAAAUUCUCAAAGGUGAAUAUUGUCUUCAAGCUAUCGAGAGAUUUAAAAUGGAUCGUGCUCUGAUAUUCUGUCGAACAAAACUUGAUUGCGAUAAUCUCGAACGAUAUUUCAUCAAGCAAGGCGGCGGACCGAAAGUCAACAAUCAUCGACUAUCUUGUGUAUGUUUACAUUCUGAUCGUAAUCCAGAUGAACGACAACGUAAUCUAGAAAAAUUUAAAGCCAAUCAAGUUCGAUUUUUAAUCUGUACGGAUGUUGCUGCUCGAGGUAUCGACGUUAGUGGUUUACCAUUCGUAAUUAAUAUGACGUUACCGGAUGAAAAAGAAAGUUAUAUUCAUCGAAUUGGUCGUGUUGGUCGUGCCGAACGAAUGGGUUUAGCCAUAAGUUUUGUCUCGACUGUGCCGGAGAAAGUCUGGUAUCACACAUGUCCAAGUAAAGGCAAAAAUUGUCAUAAUACAAAAUUACUUGAACAACAUGGUUGUUGUAAAUGGUAUACCGAAAUGACGUAUCUAUCUGAUAUCGAAGAACAUCUCGGCGUGACAAUAUCACAAACAGAUGAUAAAAUGGAGGUACCUGUAGAUGAAUUUGAUGGAAAAGUUGUUUAUGGUGAAAGACGCAAGCAAGAAGUAUCAGCAUCGAAAGGUCACGUGGACUCGUUAGCACCAACUGUUUCCGAAUUAGUUGAACUGGAAAAACGUGUUCAAACAUCCUUCUUUGCUCUACGAAAUAGUCGAAAUAUACUGGCCGCAUCAUCUUAA